CCUCCUCUGCCUAACUCCUCCAGCACACACACAACACAAGCAAGAGAGAGCCUGCCUCUUGAACUAAAACAGAGCAUCCAAGAGGCAGAGGCACAAACGAAGAAAGAAUAAGAUGGCGCUCCUCCUUGUACUGGUCGGUGUUGUGGCCGGCGUUGUGCUAGCGAGCAGCCUGCUGCUGCGCUGGAACGAGGUGAGGUACGGCAACGGCCGGAGGAGGCAUGGCGAUGGCUGCUUGCCGCCGGGGACAAUGGGCUGGCCGCUCUUCGGCGAGACCACGGAGUUCCUCAAGCAGGGCCCCUCCUUCAUGAAGCAGAGGAGGCUCAGGUACGGGCGGCUGUUCCGGACGCACAUCCUGGGGUGCCCGACCGUGGUGUGCAUGGACCCGGAGCUCAACCGGCGCAUGCUGCUCCAGGGCGAGGCCGGCGGCCUCGUCCCCGGCUACCCGCAGUCCAUGCUCGACAUCCUCGGCCGCAACAACAUUGCCGCCGUGCACGGCCCGCUGCACCGCGUCAUGCGCGGCGCCAUGCUCGGCCUCGUCCGGCCCGCCGCGCUCCGCACCAGCCUCCUCCCCAAGAUCGACGCCUUCAUGCGCGACCAUCUCCAUGGCUGGGCCGGCAGCGUCGUCGAUGUCCAGGCCAAGACCAAGGAGAUGGCCUUGCUAUCUGCACUCCGGCAGAUUGCCGGCAUCACAGCAGGCCCACUCUCCGACGCCCUCAAGACGGAGCUGUACACGCUUGUGCUCGGCACCAUCUCCUUGCCCAUCAACAUUCCGGGGACCAGCUACUACCAGGGCUUCCAGGCUAGGAAGAAACUUGUGUCCAUGCUAGAGCAAAUGAUCGCGGAACGGCGAUUGUCUGGUGACGCUCACGAUGACAUGCUGGAUGCUCUCUUGAGAAGCGGCGAUGAUGGGACCAGGGAAAAGCUCAGCGACGAGCAGAUCAUUGACUUGCUCAUCGCCCUCAUCUACUCUGGGUACGAAACCAUGUCGACGACUUCGAUGAUGGCCGUCAAGUACCUAUCGGAACAUCCGCGGGCCCUCGACGAACUCAGGAGAGAGCAUCUUGAUAUCAGGACGGGGAAAUCGCGGGAGGAAGCCAUCAGCUACGAAGAUUUUAAGUCCAUGGCCUUCACUCGAGCUGUCAUUUUUGAGACGCUAAGAUUAGCCACAGUUGUGAAUGGGCUGCUGAGGAAAACUACUCAGGAUGUAGAAAUGAAUGGGUAUGUCAUUCCAAAAGGGUGGAGAAUCUAUGUUUACACCAGGGAGAUAAACUACGACCCAUUCAUGUAUCCUGACCCAAUGACCUUCAAUCCGUGGAGGUGGCUGGAGAAGAACAUGGAAUCGCACCCGCACUUCAUGUUGUUCGGAGGAGGCGGGCGGAUGUGCCCUGGGAAGGAGGUGGGCACGGCAGAGAUCGCGACUUUCCUCCACUACUUUGUGACCCGAUAUAGAUGGGAGGAAGAAGGCAAGAACACGAUCUUGAAAUUCCCCCGGGUGGAGGCUCCCAACGGGUUACAUAUCCGAGUUCAAGAUUACUGAUCUUGGAACAUACAUUUUGCAGAGUUUAGGUAGAUAGGGCCCAGACUGAGACGACAAGAGUGCAAUUUUGCGCCGAUGGAAAGAUUAGAUCAGCCUUGUAAGAAAUAGGAAACAUACGUAUAGUGUAGGUAUUAUAGGUUCAGUAGGCACUUGACGUAGAAGGCCACAAGAGGCAACUUCUUCUUCAUCUUUGUGAUCAAUUACAUAUGCAUGAUAAGCAUCGCUAUAUAUGUGAUAUGUGACUUGAAUCUGAUAAGCGGAAAUACACAUAUGUGUAUAUCUGGUGUCUUGAAUCUGAUGAUAAGCAGCACCAUAUCUAUCAUCUAUUUAAGAAGUUGCU